AUGAACCGAGGAGACAUGUACUAUGAUUAUUCUGCGACCGCUGCGCGUUCACCGGGAUCGAUGAGGCAAGGAUACGCGACUGUUGGCCUGUCCUCGGGUUUGGGAGGAAAUCGCCAAGGUCAGCGUCCAUUAGAUUCCCACAACCACCAUGUCGGCGCCUACGGUCACGAUGACCGGCUUGGAGGAACUUCGCCAUUCGAGGCUGCACAGAGAUUCGAGCGUUUAAAUCCAAACGGAAUGCACCCUGGGUACAUGCUCGAUAACAGCCAGACUUGGGGGUACAAUGGAGGGAUAGCCACUAUGAAUGGUCCUAUGAAUGGCAAUAGCCGGCUGGGUGGUAGAGCUGUUAACCGACGCGCUGCGUUGCCAUCUACCUGGACCGACCAGGCGAAUCUAGGUAUGCAGCCGCCCAUGUCCCAGAUGUUCGAUCCUAGCAUGGGCAUGAACGGCAACGAACAUGACAUACCAGGCAUGGCAGCCGAUGCCCGCGGCAUGAUGACAACCCCUGCUUCCGCCGAUGCUGAACAAUUAAUCCCCACCGCCAUCGUCAUAAAAAACAUCCAGUUCCAAUGCAGAAAAGAGAUACUGCAAGGUCUAAUGGUCUCCAUGAACCUUCCACAGCCCUACGCUUUUAACUACCACUUUGACAAGGGAGUCUUCAGGGGUCUUGCCUUCGCCAAUUUCUCCACCCCAGAGGACACAGCUAUUGUGAUCCAGAAGAUGAACGGGCUAGAAGUUAUGGGUCGGAAGCUUCGCGUUGAGUACAAGAAGAUGCUGCCGCAGGACGAGCGUGACAGGAUCGAUAGGGAGAAGAGGGAGAAACGUGGACAGCUUGAGGAGCAACAUCGCGCGCCACUUCCCAUGCACCAGCAAAGCGCUCUACAGGCUCUUGGUGUCAGCGUUAAGCAGCAGCCGAAUAAUUCCCCUUUACGUGACGUAGAUCUAAACGAUCCCGCAACCUUAGACUUCUAUACUCAGUUAACCAUCUUCAAGAACGAUCCAACUCGCGAAAUUCACAUAUUCCCUGCUGAGGUUGCUCCGGAGCAGCGUCGCCAGAUACAUAUCUUGGCUCAUAAUAUGGGUUUGGAGCAUAAAUCUGUGGGCGAGGCGCACAACAGGCAGAUCCAGGUUCAGAAACGAUCGGAAAAUUCACCCCCUGUGCACAAUCAGAACCAGUUUCCUAAUGUAUCUUGGGAGGACCACAGGCGAGGACUGAGCCGUGCUGCUACUUUCGAUUUCGCAGAAUCUCGCAUAGGUUCAAGUGCAUACCACACUCUUGGCCGACAGAACCCUACAUUAGAGCUCCCUGGCAGCCCAGAACACAGCAUACCCAACAAUCUCCGUGCUGCAAAGAGCUUUGCGGAUCUUCGAGCUCACAGUCCUAGUCCUGCGCCUUCAGGUUCCAGUUAUGCUGGUCUUGGCAAUGGGCUGGGGGCUCGCUAUGGUGACUUCUCCCAGACAUCGCUCACAACACCUCCAAAUCUAACUCCCACCACUGCGCAUAAUGCUGCUUCCAGCACAGAUGCCUUGUUGGCAUCCAAUAUGAACUCAUUAGGUCUCGGCUACGACUCGAGUGGCUCACAUUUGCGAAGCACUCCAGGUGCUAUUGGAAGUCAACGCCCAGGCGCAAAUGGAGCCAGUCGUAACGCUCCCGAAAGACAACCUCGUGGUCCAGAAUGGGGAGAGCCAAGCUCUGGAUUCUCAGCCCGCGGUCGUGGCCACAUGCAACGAAGCAGCGGUAAGCCAUCCAGAGACUUGCUAUUUUCUUCAUGACCUCUUCCUGUACUGAUCUUGUGUGGGUUUAUAGACUCUUCUGAUGCUGGUCGUAACUCUGGAAAUCCCCGGUUCCAUUAAUUUGCCAUGCUAAAUGCCCCAAUCCACAGCUCAACGAGGGCUGCAGUAGCGCAUUGGUCCAUUUCAAUAUUUAGAAAACCUUGCUUCCCGCUGUACACGCGAGCCACUCCACUUAGGAUUGUAUGACGACUUCUGAUGUCUGGGGAUUGAUAUCAAGAAUGCCAUAUGGAGACACGCUUGAGA